AUGCCUCCAACCGGAACCUGCUCCGUUGACUCGCAUGAACCAAAGACAAUGUUGGCCGUUUCUGCCACGGCACCCAAUGCUGAGAAUCCACUAUUAGGAUUAAAAAUUGACCGCGUUCCUCUCCCAAAAGUCCCUAAGGGUUGGGUUCGAGUGAGAUUGUCUGCUGCUGCACUCAACUACCAUGAUAUUUUUACACUUCAGGGAGUUGCAGUUCAUCCUCUCAAAUUUCCACGAAUCCUGGGAUGUGAAGGUUGCGGGACCCUUGAUGAUGGCACGCCGGUUAUCUUGUAUCCCGUCAUGAACGAUCCGGACUACCUAGGCGACGAGACCUUAGAUCCCCACAGACAUGUCUUUCAUGAGAUCACCGAGGGUACUCUGGCUGAAUAUGUCAUUGCACCUUCACGAAACGUACUCCCGCGGCCAUCUGACCUUGAUGCCACGCACGGUGCGGUGCUAGGCAUUUCUUGGCUUACCGCGUACCGCAUGAUCUUUACAAAGUCUGGUCUCCGGCCAGGUCAGACAAUGCUUGUCCAGGGCUCAUCCGGCGGGGUUUCCACAGCGCUGAUUCAAUUAGGUGCCGCCGCUGGAAUACGCGUCUGGUGCACCGGUCGGUCAGCGGAAAAAAGAGAUCUUGCUGUGAAGCUUGGGGCAGAGCGAACAUUCGCCCCGGGUGAGCCCCUUCCUUCCCAAGUCGAUGCAGUGUUCGAUACAUCCGGCGCGGCUACUUGGGAACAUUCGCUGGCAUCCGUGAAGCCAGGGGGCUCGAUUGUCACUUGUGGUGCCCAUAGGGGAUUUAAGGUCUCGAUGGAUCUACUCCGUAUUUUCAAUGAUCAAAUCAGCAUCCAUGGAGUAUAUGCAGGGACACUGAGGGAGUUCAAGGAUCUCAUUCAAUUUGUCAUUAGCAAAAGGAUUUCUCCCAUGAUCGGUGCUGUUGUCCCACUAUCAGACGCCCACAGAGCAAUGAAGGAUAUUCUCGAGGGUGUCACAUCGGGCAAGACUGUGCUAACCGCAUAG